AUGCCUCCGCGCGCGCCGCCUGCGCCCGGGCCCCGGCCGCCGCCCCGGGCCCCCGCCGCCGCCGAGGACGCGGGGGGCCCCCGCCGGCCCGGGCUCCGACCGCUGGCGCCGCGCCCCUGGCGCUGGCUGCUGCUGCUGCUGCUCGCGCUGCCCGCCGCCUGCCCCGCGCUGCCGCCGCGCCCCGUCUACACCAACCACUGGGCAGUGCAAGUGCUGGGCGGCCCGGCCGAGGCGGACCGCGUGGCCGCGGCGCACGGCUACCUCAACUUGGGCCAGAUUGGAAACCUGGAGAAUUACUACCACUUUUAUCAUAGCAAGACCUUUAAAAGAUCGACCUUGAGUAGCAGAGGUGUCCACACAUUCCUUAGAAUGGACCCCCAGGUGAAAUGGCUCCAACAACAGGAAGUUAAACGCAGGGUGAAGAGACAGGUGCGAAGUGACCCCCAGGCCUUUUAUUUCGAUGACCCCAUUUGGCCCAACAUGUGGUACCUGCACUGCAAGGAGAAGAACAGUCGCUGCCGCGCGGAAAUGAACGUCCUGGCAGCGUGGAAGCGAGGCUACACGGGGAAGAACGUGGUGGUCACCAUCCUGGAUGAUGGCAUAGAGAGGAACCAUCCCGACCUGGCCCCCAAUUACGAUUCCUACGCCAGUUACGACAUCAACGGAAAUGAUUUCGACCCCUCUCCACGAUACGACGCCAGCAAUGAAAACAAGCACGGUACACGUUGCGCAGGGGAAGUCGCCGCCUAUGCCAACAACUCCUGCUGCAUCGUGGGCAUAGCGUACAACGCAAAGAUAGGAGGCAUCCGCAUGCUGGACGGGGACGUGACCGACAUGGUGGAGGCCAAGUCGCUGGGCAUCCGGCCCAACUACAUCGACAUCUACAGCGCGAGCUGGGGGCCGGACGACGACGGGAAGACGGUGGACGGGCCCGGCCGGCUGGCGAAGCAGGCCUUCGAGUACGGCAUUAAAAAGGGCCGGCAGGGCUUGGGCUCCAUCUUCGUCUGGGCGUCAGGGAACGGCGGCCGAGAGGGCGACUACUGCUCGUGCGACGGCUACACCAACAGCAUCUACACCAUCUCCGUGAGCAGCACCACCGAGAACGGCUAUAAGCCGUGGUACCUGGAGGAGUGCGCGUCCACUCUGGCCACCACCUACAGCAGCGGGGCGUUCUACGAGCGGAAAAUCGUCACCACGGACCUGCGUCAGCGCUGCACCGAUGGCCACACGGGGACCUCGGUCUCCGCCCCCAUGGUGGCCGGGAUCAUCGCCUUGGCUUUAGAAGCAAACAACCAGCUAACCUGGAGGGACGUGCAGCACCUGCUGGUGAAGACAUCCAGGCCCGCCCACCUGAAAGCGAAUGACUGGAAAGUCAACGGUGCUGGGCAUAAAGUUAGCCAUCUGUACGGGUUCGGCUUGGUGGACGCAGAAGCUCUAGUCAUGGAGGCCAAGAAGUGGACGGCGGUGCCCUCUCAGCACACGUGCGUCGCCGUCACCGACAAGAGGCCCAGGAGCAUCCCUGUGGUGCAGACGCUGCGGACCACCGCCCUGACCACCGCCUGUGCGGACCACUCCGACCAGCGCGUGGGCUACCUGGAGCACGUGGUGGCCCGCAUCUCCAUCUCUCACCCGCGCCGAGGAGACCUCCAGAUCUACCUGAUUUCUCCCUCGGGAACCAAGUCCCAACUUUUGGGAAAGAGGUUGCUGGACCAUUCCAACGAAGGGUUUUCGAACUGGGAGUUCAUGACCGUGCACUGCUGGGGAGAGAAGGCGGAGGGGGAAUGGACCUUGGAAAUCCAAGACAUGCCGUCCCAGGUCCGCAACCCGGAGAAGCAAGGGAAGCUGAAAGAAUGGAGCCUCAUCCUGUACGGCACGGCGGAGCACCCGUACAACACGUUCACUUCCCAUCAGUCGCGCUCCCGGAUGCUGGAGCUGUCCACCCCGGAGCUGGGGCCACCCAAGGCCGCUCUGUCACCGUCCCAGGCUGAAGCUCCCGAGGAAGAAGAGGACUACACAGCUCCCUCCUCCCACGGCUCUCCUAAUAUUUUACAGAACAGUGUGUGCCAUCCGGAGUGUGGGGACAAGGGCUGUGACGGCCCCAAUGCAGACCAGUGCCUGAACUGUGUCCACUUCAGCCUGGGGAGCGCCAAGACCAGCAGGAAGUGUGUGAGCGAGUGCCCCUUGGGCUACUUUGGGGACACAGCAGCGAGACGCUGUCGCAGGUGCCACCGGGGGUGUGAGACCUGCAGGGGCAAGAGCCCGCUCCAGUGCUUGUCCUGCCGCCGCGGGUUCUACCACCACCAGGAGUUGAAGGCGUGCAUGGCCCACUGCCCGGCUGGGUUUUACGCCAACGACAGUCAGAAAGCUUGCCUGAAGUGCCCCGCGAACUGUAAAAAGUGCGCUGAUGAACCAGAGAAAUGUACCGUCUGUAAAGAAGGAUUCAGGCUUGCGCGGGGCAGCUGCAUUCCAGCCUGCGAACCGGGCACCUACUUGGAUUCCGAGCUGAUCAAGUGUGGGGACUGCCACCCCACCUGCAAGACCUGCGUGGGACCCGGCGGAGAAGAAUGUGUUGACUGUGCCGCAAACUUCCACUUCCAAGACUCGAAAUGCGUGCCAGCCUGUGGCGAGGGUUACUAUCCGGAGGAGAUGCCGGGUUUGUCCCACAAAGUGUGCCAGAGGUGCGACGAGAACUGCCUGAGUUGUGAGGGAUCCAGCAGGAACUGCAGCCGGUGUAGGACGGGCUUCACGCAGCUGGGAACCUCGUGCAUCACCAACCGCACCUGCAGCAAUGCUGACGAGAUGUUCUGCGAGAUGGUGAAGUCCAACCGGCUCUGCGAACGGAAGCUCUUCAUUCAGUUCUGCUGCCGCACGUGCCUCCUGGCCGGGUAGGGGCGCCGGGCCGCCCGCGGAGGGCAGGGCUGCUCCCGUCCAUCCACCUGUCCGUCCACCUGUCUCCAGACUGGGGGCCGGAGCCUGUUUCCGGGGCAGCGCCCUGCCUCCGACAGCUUUAUCUCCCCAGGAGCAACGUCCUUUGGGCGCAUCUCUGGGCCCCCGGAGCAGGUGGGGGCGGGGCCUGCCGGGCCGUUCCUAGCCCAGGGCUGUCCUCCCCGACUCCGCUUGCUGGCUGCGUCCUUCCCGCCACCUCCAAACGGGACCGCGCGACUCCUAGAAGUCUACGGCUCCAGCUGCUGGGACCAUACGUUUACCGAAUCUUCAAGACCAAAGCAGGAAGCCACCCCACAUCCUCUUUCCCUGGGCUUUUCCAGCAGCUCCACAGUCAGCCUCAGCCACCGGCUGCAGCGUGCAGAACCUGGCUGUCCCCAUGCGCAAUAGGCAGGGCCGAGCCUCACACCUGCCCCCCCGACGGCCACAGAGCAGCUCGGGGGACAGUUUGGUCAGGCUGAAAUAAGGCUGACCACUGGGCAUGGAGCACCUAUGUCUACAUAAGUCAGCGACUCCUGAAAUGGCUGCGAUCGCUGAGAAAGUCAGAUGCCAAGCCCCGGCGGUGAAGAGUCUUCCUUCCCAGGAGCACUCUCCUUUGCGGGAGCUACGCGCCCCUUGUCACCACCUUCAGUCUGUGUCACCAGGAGUCUCGUGGCCCGAAUGCCCAACUCCGCGUUGGCUCAGAGCCUUCUGAGGAGGGUCCCCAGGAGGUGUGCCAGGGGCCAGCGCAAAGGUGCCCCAGGGACCAAGCAAUUCCUCGGACUAAGACGUAAGCCCAGCCCGGGAGUUGUUAGCCUAUCACGUCCCGUUUGUGGAAUUGCUGUUAAAAUCCAUUCGGCCUCCGCUGCUGGGGAGAUCUGCUCUCGAGGCGGAUAUACCUGUGUCUCUGUACUAGGAGCCUCACGGCACGGUUGGCUCUCUUUCUGCCAAACCUGUGUAGGCCUUUUAUAAGCUACAUGUUCUGAUUUUUACCGAUGUUAAUUAUUUUGACAAAUAUUUCAUAUAUUUUCAUUGAAAUGCACAGAUCCGCUUGAUUGACUCCCCGUCAUGUGGGAGCAACAUUUGCCUUAAAUUUUUCCGAGCUUGUCCUCCUCCAUUUUGUCCCGCUUCCCCUCCGACUGGGGCAACCCCGCAGGUAUUGAUUGAACCCACGACUCCAAAGGAGAGAUCCGCAAAGCAAACACAGUGUUAACCCUAAAUUAAUAAAAGAAUUAACGUCCCACAGCGAA